GUACAACCGCAAGAAUUGUAAGAGGACCAACCAUGAUGGGAUUAUUAGGAAAUCAGUUCAUAUUUUCGCGGGAGCGCAAGCGUUUUGGACGCCAGUGCUUGUUUUCGGAUCGGAACGAGCUGCUGCUGGCCGUUCACCCAAGUGGACGUCUCCGGCUGAAGUACGUUCUGCGAAACCCACGAGAUAAUAACUCACAAAAGAGCAAGCAGAUGGCCUUGAGCACUGUGGUAACAGAGAACGUGACGUUGGACCAGCACGGCAUGUACCACUACGAAGGCGGAUGGAAUGUGAAGGAGGUGAAUAUAAUGGACGAGGAGUCCACGAUGCGAUACCGCAAGAAGGUGGAGCGUGACGACGCCUGGGGCGUCGAAGUGGCCCAUUUAUUGCGUGAUUGUAUGACGAUGAGCUCACAGAACAACGCCAUAAACAUAUAUAAAGAAUUCUUCGCUGAUCUGGACGAGGACCUGGGCAGUGGCAUUAGAAUGAAGAUAACGGCCAGAGCUAUUAACAUGUUCCACGACUUGUGGUAUCCUCAAAGACACCUGUCAAUGUGCGACUGGAUGCCCAACAAUCCCAAGCAGUUCUUGACCACAUUUAACAACCGUCCAUCAAAUCCGAACAAUCAAGCAAACACCGAAUUUCCUGAAUGGGGUAACGAGAACGCUUUAUAUCUCUGGGAUAUCAACAAUCCGAUUCGACCAGUUGCCUACUAUGACACCAACGAGACUGUUGCACUGGCCAAGUUGUGCCCCAAGGACGAGAACUUCAUGGCCGGAGGCCUGCAUUCGGGCAAGGUGUGCCUAUGGAAUACCUCAGAGCUCGGCCAGCCGAAGGACAUGUGUCCGCUGGAGGCGGCACACAGGGAGGUUACCUCGGCGCUGUGUUGGGUGCACUCCAAGUCCAACACGGAGUUCUACUCGGGCUCGCUGGAUGGCUCCAUCAAAUAUUGGGAUACGCGAGACAUGAAGAUGUCCCUACAAGAUCUGCUGCUCGAGCCAUACCCCAAGGACAUCCAGAACCGGGCGGAUUCGCACGGUGUCACUGUCUUGGAGUUUGAGUACACCAUACCAGUGCGCUAUGUCAUGGGCAGCGACAUGGGGUGCGUUUUUGUGGGCAACCGCAAGGCCGCGACUCCAUCGGAGACAAUCCUCAGUCACUUCCAGAUCUUUGCCGGCCCAAUUCGCAGCAUCGUGCGCAAUCCGUUCUUCGUGAAGAACUUUCUGCUCGUGGCCGACUGGCGAUGGCGCAUCUGGUCCGAGGAGAUCAAGAACUGUCCCAGCACCCUAUACUUCUACAAGCGAAAUCAGCUGACCUGCGGGACCUGGAGUACGGGCCGUUGCUCGCUGUUCGUUAUCGGCGACGAGAGCGGAACUCUGGAGUUUUGGGACCUGCUGAUGAGCCAUCGCACACCCAUUGUGACGGUUAAGUUUAAGCAGAGCAUUACACACGUGUCGUUCCACCCACAUGGACACCUGCUUACCGUAAGCCUGGCUGGCGGGGACGUAGUGAUUCUCCUAAUCGAGGAUGACAUGAGGACAGCCACCGCAAAGGAAAAGGCUCUCAUGGCGGCGCUUUUCGAGCGGGAGAUCUCACGAGGCAAGCUUCUGGAACAGCGCGAGGAGGAAAUAAAACUGAAGAAACGUAACUCCAAGCUGUCCGAGGUAGAAGAGCUUCGGUCUGGCGAGAAACCUCCCGAGCACGUUGUAAAAUAUGAUCAUAAAAGUCCCGAGAAAUUCGUCAAAUACAUCGAAGAGGAUGGAGAGCUUCGGAAAGCCAUAAUAGAAUUUAACGAAUCAAUAGACUACGUCGCUUAUAAGCGCUCCAAAAGAGUUUCCCACAUUGAACGCACUAUCUUUGAGCUAGAACCGGAGUCGGAGGACCCCGUCCCAAAAUCUGAAUAACUUUUUUUUUUAUCUUGUUGCAUCUUUUUGUUGUAUACUAGGGCAUAAACUCAGUAUACUUUUUCAUCUUUAUACCUUCCUAAUUAAAUAA